UGUCCCUGUCCGCCUAUUCCACGAUGCGUCGACUGUCCCCCUUGUUACGGCAACAUGUCCUUUCUCGAAAACCCCCGAUCAAUGGACGGCUAGCCCGUUGGCCAUCAGUGAGAGCGCAAUGGCUCUCCUCGACGUCGUCGCGGCCUUGUUCGUGCUCUGACCCGCAGCCCGGCCAGCCUCCAGCUCAGUCUUCCACCCCGGCCGACUAUCGCGCCCUGGGCACCUCCCAGGAUCUUUUCACAACGUCGGUCUACAGUCCCGGUUCGCCUCUCUUCCUCCCAAAUGGCACCCAUAUCAUCAACAAACUCAUCACCUUCCUCCGCACACAGUACCUCCAAUACGGUUUCCGCGAAGUCCUGACCCCGACGAUCUACAAACGUUCUCUCUGGGAAGUUUCCGGUCAUUGGCAAAACUACAAGGAUGAUAUGUACGAGGUGCGCGGUAGAGGAGCGACUGGAGACACGGACGGGGAGACGGGCGAGGACGAGUCGUACGGCCUGAAGCCGAUGAAUUGCCCCGGUCACUGCUUGCUGUUCAAAUCGCAGACCCAUUCCUACCGGGAGCUCCCCAUCCGCUACGCCGACUUUAGUCCUCUUCAUCGAAAUGAGAUAUCUGGCUCGCUAAGCGGACUUACUCGUGUCCGUCGGUUCCAUCAAGAUGAUGGCCAUAUUUUCUGUCGACCACAGCAGAUCAAGGGAGAAAUCGCUUCUGCACUUGGGUUCGUGGAUCUUGUUAUGACAACCUUCGGGCUAGGACCAUACCGCUUGGUUCUUUCUACAAGGCCAGAGAAGGACUUCAUCGGAAGUCUGGAGCUGUGGAACAGUGCCGAGGCUCAGUUGCGCGAGGCCCUCGACAACACUGGCAGAGAAUGGGCCAUGAAUGAGGGCGAUGGCGCCUUCUACGGCCCCAAGAUCGACAUUCAACUUCAAGAUCAGGCAGGCAAAUAUCACCAGCUCUCCACCAUCCAGCUCGAUAUGAACCUGCCCCAGCGAUUUGGGCUAGAAUACCAGGUAGCCGAAGGAGAGGAGGAUUAUAAUCCGGAAACACCAGGAAAGGCCACGCCGGUGAUGAUCCACCGGGCGAAUUUCGGCUCCUUGGAGCGGUUUUUGGCACUGCUCAUCGAAGAAUAUGCCGGUCGCUGGCCGUUCUGGCUGUCUCCGCGCCAGGGCAUCGUCCUUACUGUCAACCAAGACGAGGCCGUCGUGCAACAGGCGCACGAAGCCGCCGCGAAGAUCUCUGGGGUUCGACCACUCCAGCCUGACCAGACUGGGGGUGUUGCGCCCCAGCCUAUAUCUCCGAUUGACUCCACGUUUUUGAUCGAUGUGGACACCAGCAGUCAAUCAUUGAGCAAGAAGAUCCAACGGGCCAAGCAGAUGAAGUACAACCUCAUUUUCAUUCUGGGACCCAAAGAUGUUGCUGCCUCUCGCAUCACGGUGGAUGUCACAGGCCAGCUGCAGAGCAAGCCCGAACGCGGGGCGCAAAAGCUGCAAGAGAUCCUGACCCAGCGGUUGGGUGACAAGGCUCUCAAGAAUCCCCGGGCAGUUCCGCUCGCUGUAGACGAUGUGCACAGCCUGCUGGUGCAGUUGGAGAAGCAAUUUGUAUAAUAAAGUGGGGUGUAGAGAUAUCAUGUACAGUAGCCGAGGUAGUCAGGACGAGUCUGAAACCACCACUCCGUAUCGCUG